GGAAAGAAAAAGGGCUAGGCUGGUUGUGGGUUCCACCUGCCAUGCGGCGGAGGUGACUACUAGACCACCUCAAACCGUGGGAACGUGAUCUCAACGCGGGCAUUGGCCAAAGCAGUUGUUCUCACUGCUACACACUUUGUCUUUUUUGUUGAAUCUUAAUUCGUUCACGCUUUUUAAAUCAAUCACACGCUCACUUCUGAUCUUUUAGCUGCUCAUGUGAAAUUUUAAUCUUUCAAUUUUUCUCAAACCAAAUAUAUAGUUUCCUGGUUCGUAUUUCACACCAAUUUAUUCGGAUUCAGCUCCAGUUUGUAGCUGGUACAAUGCCUUGGUGGGAUCUGGGAUUGUUUUCUCGUUUUAGAAUUUUCGGCCGCGGCUUGCAGGCUGUGUCAGGCAAGAGGGAUGGUUCAUCUGCAGUUACUAAUGAUUGGAAUUCAUCCAUUGACUUCCCAUUGAUAGAAACCCAGAAUGAAGAGCAGCAGAGUGGAAUGCAGGAAGUUCAACUUGGUUCACAUACUUUAAGGUCCCAUGGAGUCAUCGUUGCAAAAACACACAUGCAUGAUUGGUUAAUACUCAUGCUUCUCGUCCUGCUAGAGAUCUGCCUAUACAUUAUCCAUCCAUUUUAUCGCUUUGUUGGGAAAGAUAUGAUGACUGAUCUCAAAUAUCCCUUGAAAAGUAACACGGUGCCUGUUUGGGCUGUUCCUAUGUACGCAAUUCUGUUGCCAAUAGCGAUUUUUCUUGUUGUGUAUUACCGUAGGAGGGAUGUCUACGAUCUUCAUCAUGCCAUAUUAGGCCUUUUUUUCUCUGUUCUAGUAACAGGGGUUCUCACAGAUUCCAUAAAAAAUGCUGUUGGUCGACCUCGGCCUGACUUUUUCUGGCGGUGUUUCCCUGAUGGAAAGGAUAUUUAUGAUCAAUGGGGAGAUGUUGUAUGCCAUGGUGAUAGCAGUGUUAUAAAGGAAGGACAUAAGAGUUUUCCAAGUGGGCAUACUUCAUGGUCCUUUGCUGGAUUGGGUUUUCUAUCUCUAUACUUGUCUGGAAAAGUAAAAGUAUUUGAUCGCAAAGGGCAUAUUGCCAAAUUAUGCAUUGUUUUUCUUCCUUUACUACUUGCCUCACUUGUGGGCAUUUCUAGAGUGGACGACUAUUGGCACCAUUGGCAAGAUGUGUUUGCUGGAGGUCUCCUAGGGCUUACAGUGGCUACAUUUUGCUACUUGCAGUUCUUCCCACCCCCGUAUCAUGAGGAAGGUUGGGGGCCAUAUGCUUAUUUUCGGGUGCUGGAGGAGUCACGUUCAAGUGCUCAAGCAGCCAAUAUGGUAGAUAUGCGCAAUGGGCGAGCAGCACAGGCAGAAGUUGCUAACCAAGAAGAGGAAGGAAGCAGCCAUGGUUUCAUGGGUCUACAUUUGGCAGAUGAUCAAUCUGCUUUGACUUUGGAGGAAUUGGAAACUGGGAGGAGAUAACUAUGUACAUAUGUUGCUUUUAGCUCCAAGAAUUUAUUGCUUAAAUUCAUUUGGGCCUAUAUAUAGGUAGGUGUGUGCUAUUUAUCUGUUUAAACCACAGUUUUGUUGGAUUGGUUAGUAUGGAAUUUCUUUUUUGGCACUUAUUGACCAUUAAUAGUUGUAUCUAGACUUUUUAUGUUAUCCAAUACACGUAGAAAUGAUUUAUUAAA